UUUAUUUUCGUUCAGUGCGUCGAUUAUCGGUACGUUUUGUAAGCGCGAGAUGCGGUGAGACGCGGUACGGACACGGCUCAGGUACGCCUCGCGCGCUGGACGUGCACUGCUAGAAGUUAACCGUGAAGAAGAGAACACACCCGUAGUUCAGAGCUGAGUAUCUAUCCGGGGAAGGUUGACGCCAUGCAGGACGAAAAGUCGGAUCCGAGCGAGCCGAAGGCAGGAGAGGCGGAGAAGAAGGCAGCGAGCAGCGGGGAGGCGCAGCCCGCGCAGCCCGCACCGCCCGCACCGCCCGCACAGUCCGCAGCGCCCCGGGGCAUCAGCGCCGUGGCCGUGCUCUGGACCUUCGGCAAAUGCCUGGGCGCCCUGCUCCCCGUCUACCUGGCCGGUUAUUACCGGGUCAGCACCAGCCUGCUGGUGUUCGGGAUGAUGGUGUACACCGGGUGGAAACACGCCCGAGAGGCCAAGGAGGCGCGGCUCAAGUCGGCCAUCCAGCUGCUGAGCAGCGAGGAGGAGCAGGCGUUCUCCAGAGGCUCCAGGAUCAAGCGAGAUCUCCCUGCGUGGGUCAACUUCCCAGAGGUAGAGAAGGUUGAAUGGCUGAAUAAGGUCUUGCAGCAGGUGUGGCCCUUUGUUGGCCAGUACCUGGAGAAGCUCCUGGUGGAAACGAUCGCUCCAUCCAUCAGAGCCUCCAGCUCCCACCUCCAGACCCUCAGCUUCACCAAGGUGGACAUGGGAGACAAGGCCAUGAAGGUUGUCGGGAUCAAGGCUCACACAGAGAACGACAAAGGACAGGUCCUGCUCGACCUCUAUAUCAGCUAUGUUGGCAAUGUAGAAAUCAAUGUUGAAGUGAAGAGGUACUUCUGUAAAGCCGGAGUCAAAGGAAUACAGCUGCACGGAAUGAUGCGGGUGAUCCUGGAGCCUCUGAUUGGAGACGUGCCCAUCGUGGGUGCAGUCACCAUGUUUUUCAUCCGUCGGCCUAAACUGGACAUCAAUUGGACAGGACUGACUAAUCUGUUGGACAUCCCUGGCUUGAAUGUCAUGUCAGACAGCAUGAUUAUGGACGCCAUUGCCUCCUUCUUGGUUCUUCCCAACCGCCUGGUGGUCCCCUUGGUUCCUGGCUUGCAUGUCGCCCACCUUCGCUCUCCCUUGCCGAGGGGUGUUGUGCGUAUUCAUCUCCUGGAAGCGCAGAGCCUGGCAGCUAAGGACAGCUACGUGAAAGGGGUCAUGGCUGGCCUGUCUGACCCCUAUGCCAUACUGAGGGUGGGCCCUCAGACCUUCACCUCUCGGCAUGUGGAUAACACAGACUCUCCCAAGUGGGCGGAGGUGUACGAGGUUAUAGUCCAUGAAGUGCCUGGUCAAGAGUUGGAGGUGGAGGUAUAUGACAAAGACCCAGACCAGGAUGAUUUCCUGGGCAGGACCAAACUGGAUUUGGGCAUUGUGAAGAAAUCCAUCGUUGUUGACGAUUGGUUCACCUUGAAAGACACCCCCACUGGACGGGUUCAUUUCAGACUGGAGUGGUUGGCCUUGCUGCCUAAUACUGAUCGACUGGAGCAGAUCCUGAAGAGGAAUGAGAGCGUCACAAGCAAGACGGCCGAUCCGCCGUCUUCAGCCAUCUUGGUGGUAUAUCUGGAUAAGGCUGAGGCACUUCCUAUGAAGAAGGGGAACAAAGAGCCCAAUCCCAUGGUGCAGUUGUCUGUGCAGGACAUCACAAGAGAGAGCAAGACCUGUUACACAACCGUCAAUCCAGAGUGGGAGGACGCUUUUACCUUUUUCAUCCAAGACCCGAACAAACAGGACAUAGAUAUUCAGGUGAAAGACGCGGACCGCGUCCAGUCGCUGGGCAGUCUGACCAUCCCUCUGUCCCGUCUGCUGUCCAACUCUAACCUGUCUCUGGACCAGUGGUUCCAGCUGGAAAACUCUGGACCAGCCAGCCGCAUCUACAUCAACGCUGUUCUCAGGGUUCUGUGGUUGGAUGAGGAACAUAUUGUAUCAGAUGCGUCAUCUAAUCUGGCAGCUGGGUCGUCCGCACAGCUGCCGCAGAAGGCGUCUCCUCAUCCGAGCUUUGCUACAGAGGGUCUGCUUAGAAUCCACUUGCUGGCAGGUCAGAACCUUGUUCCUAAAGAUAACCUGAUGGGAGGCAUGGUGAAGGGGAAGAGCGACCCCUAUGUGAAGAUUAAUAUCGGGGGUGAAACAUUCACAAGCCACGUGCGCAAGGCCAACCUCAACCCCACUUGGAACGAGAUGUAUGAGGUGAUAUUAACCCAACUUCCAGGCCAGGAGCUCCAUGUGGAGGUGUUCGAUAAAGACAUGGACAUGAAGGAUGAUUUCAUGGGCAGGAUGAAGAUCAGUCUGAAGGACAUCAUUGAUUCUCAGUACACCGAUCAGUGGUACACUCUCAAUGAUGUGAAAUCAGGCCGACUUCACCUGGUCCUGGAGUGGGUCCCAACGGUCUCAGAAUCAGACCGACUAGACCAGGUUCUUCAGUUCUACUCCAAACAGUCUUUUCAAAACAAGACGGUUCCCUCUGCAGGCCUGUUGUUUGUGUACGUGGAGCAGGCAGACGGCGUCCCAGUGAAGAAGAGUGGAAAAGAGCCCAAAGUGGGAGCUGAGAUCAUCCUUGGAGAUAUGUCUCGUAAAACCACAGUGUGUGAUCGAACGACUUCGCCCAAGUGGAACGAGGCAUUCUGCUUCCUGGUUUCUGAUCCCAGAGAAGAUAUUCUUAUCAUCAAGCUGUCCCACAGCUGGACUCUGCCCAUGGGUUCCUUGAUAGUUCCCAUUAAAGAGCUGCUGUCUGAACCAGAGCUGGUCCUGGACCAGUGGUUUCAUCUGGACGGAGCUUCACCCGAGAGCCAGAUUUUGAUGAGGGCUGAACUCAAGAUGCUGAUUCCCAGCAAGUGCCCUGGUGGCGCUGAUAAGUCUAAGGUCUCUUCAAUAUCCGAUCCUUCCUCUGCUCCGCGGAAACAGGAGACAGACUCGGAGCUGAGGUCCAGUUCAGUGGACACUCCUCCUGUAGAGACUAUUGUCCCUUCAGUGUCGUUGAAUGAAGAUGCGAAUGUGAAGGAAACGGCUGCUGAUGUGGCCGAAGAGGAAGUGGAGGAACCACCGAGCCCUGCCGUAUCGCUUCCUCCUCAUACUUCUCCUGACCUAAACUUUGCCAGUGAGGGGCUGCUGAGAAUCGUCCUUUUGGAGGCCCAGAAUCUGGUUGCCAAAGAUAAUAAGAUGGGCGGUAUGAUGAAGGGAAAGAGCGACCCCUACGCCAAACUCAAAGUCGGAGAGGUCAUGUUUAAGAGCAGCGUGAUCAAGGAGAACCUGAACCCAGUCUGGAAUGAGAUGUAUGAGGUGGUGCUCCAGCCUCAGUCAGGGCAGGAGGUGGAAGUGGAGCUGUUUGAUAAAGACAUGGAUCAGGAUGAUUUUCUUGGCAGGUUCAAAGUCAGUGUGGCAGAUGUUAUCCACUCCCAGUACACAGACCAGUGGUAUUCGCUUCAUGAUGUGAAGUCUGGUCGUGUCCGUCUCAUCCUGGAGUGGGUUCCUGUGGUAUCACACAGUGACCCUCUGGACCAGGUAAUGCAGCUCAGUGCUCUCCAGUCCUACAAGAAUAAAGCUGUUCCCUCCACUGCUCUGCUGUUUUUGUAUCUGGACAGAGCGCACUCACUGCCUUUUAAGAAAAGUGGGAAGGAGCCCAAGGCCGCAGCUGAGAUUGUUUUUGGCAACACAACCUAUAAAACCAAGGUCUGCGAUCGCUCCAGAUCGCCUCAGUGGAACGAGUCCUUCUACUUUCUGGUUCGUGACCCAAGAGAGGAGAUGAUCAUACUGAAGCUGUCCAGCGCGUGGGACCAGCCGAUGGGAUCGCUGGUGCUUCCUGUGAGAGAGCUGCUGUCUGAGCCGCAGCUCGUGGUGGAUCAGUGGAAGCAUCUGGACGGAGCGUUGCCUGAAAGUGAGAUUCUCCUGAGGGCCGAACUCAAGAUUCUCAACUCAAGGAUGACUGAGGUCCCUCAGCCGUCUGCUUCAAAGACUGAAGAGAAAAUUAUUCCGUCUGAGGAGACGUUCAGAGCGGCUGAGGAGGAGGAAAACAGCUCAGAGCUGCCGACACACGAGUUAGCGGCAUCAGAAGAUCCUGUCUCAGGAAGUGAUGCGUCUGCUGAACCGGCCGCUGCUCUCGAGACACUCCCCGCUGCUGCCCAGGAGGAAGAGCCACAAAAUGUAGAUCAGUAUCCCUCACAGCAGCGCACAGCUGGUAAAGGAGCCUUCGAACCUCAGAAAAUACACACAGAGAGUGCUGGUGUAGACUCUCUUGCUCACACCACAGUGACAGGUCUUCCCACUGCAGACGUCACAGAGAGCCCCAGACCGCCACAGACGACCCCGACUCCGGACUUCGGUGAAGAGGGGGUGCUGAGGAUUCACCUCCUGGAGGCCCAGAGUCUGGUGGCAAAAGACAACCUGAUGGGAGGAAUGGUGAAGGGCAAGAGUGACCCUUAUGUCAAGAUCAACGUGGGAGGGGUUUCAUUCAAGAGUCACGUGAUCAAAGAGAAUCUGAACCCGACAUGGAACGAAAUGUAUGAGGUUGUUUUACGUGAGAACAGCGUCCAGGACAUCAAUUUUGAAGCAUUCGAUAAGGAUUUAGACUCCGAUGACUUUUUAGGAAGGCUCAACAUUAAGCUGAAGGAGGUCGUCAGGUCGCAGUACACAAAUCAGUGGUACACUUUGAAUGACGUGAAAUCUGGCCGUGUUCACUUGAUCCUGGAGUGGGUUCCGAAAGUGUCUCGCUCAGACAGACUCGAUCAGGUGCUGCAGCUGCAGUCUCUCCAGUCUUUUCAGAAUAAAACACUCCCCUCUGCAGCUUUGUUCUUUGUCUACAUUCAGGCAGCACACGCUUUACCUCUGAAGAAGAGUGGAAAAGAACCCAAAGCCGGAGCUGAACUAGUUCUGGGUGAAACAACUUACAAAACCAAACUGUGCGACCGCAGCACCAGUCCUGAGUGGAACGAGUCUUUCUACUUCCUCGUCCAUGAUCCUAAACGUCAGAUGCUCGUGGUGAAGCUGUCCAGCGGCUGGGACCAGCCGAUGGGGUCUCUGGUGGUUCCUGUCUGGGAGCUGCUCACAGCGCCGCAGCUGGUCCUGGAUCAGUGGUUUCAUCUGGACGGAGCCUCGCCUGAAAGUCAGCUUCUGCUGAGGGCUGAACUCAAGAUUCUGGAUUCCAAAAUGGCCGAUCUGAUUGAAUCAGGAGCUCUGCCCUGUGCGGCCUCUGGAUCAGGAAACGGCCAGGUGAAGCUGUCUCUAUCGCACGCCGCGCAAGAGAGAAAGCUCACCGUCAUCGUUCAUGCCUGCAGAGGCCUGUUGUCUCAAAGUAAAGACGGAGUGGACAGCUACGUCUCCAUCAUGCUGCUGCCAGACAAAAGCAAGGCCACCAAGAGGAAAACCGCUGUGAAGAAAAGAGAUCUCAACCCAGAGUACAAUGAAAGAUUUGAGUAUGAUUUGCCUGCGGAGGAGGUCAGAUUCAGGCGCCUGAGUGUAUCGGUGAAGAACAACUCCGCCUCCUUCAGAAGCCGCGACGUGAUUGGACAGGUGCAGAUCGAGUUGGGGGAGAUGAACCUGACCUCUGGAGUCACAGAAUGGUUCACUCUGAGAGAUGAAGCUGAAUAAUCCUUCGGUUUGCAGAGGGCCUGUGAUGGAAAUGUGGUCUCUCAACUUGCCGCCGCCGCCGCUGCUGCUCACACAGAUGCCUUCUCCUUUCCACUUGUUUGUAUCGUGGUGCCACUGUUCCAGCCUUACCUGCAUCCACGCAGCUCUCUGUAUCAGCACGCCCCGUAGAAGCAGAUUGCACUGUUCUAUGUAUCUUUGCACCUCAUUGCGAUCACCAAAGAAAGUAUCAGAGUAGAGAAGGACAAAGGCGACUGCUGACUGAAGGUUGCUUCUGAGGACAAUUUACAGCAAGUUAAUGAUAAACAGACCAAGAAAGUAUGAAGUUUGUUUAAAUCUUGGGUUUAUUGCUUUGUUUUCAUCUACGUGUUUCCAGAAAGUUUUUAGUAUGAAGGCAUGUUGUUUUGGAGGGCAGUAACAUGUUUUACAUUCUGUUUUUUAAAUUCCUUUUUUUCCCAUGAAUUUAUGGCCAUAUCAGUAUUUAGGAUUGUGUUUUACAAAAGUCUUUUAGCACAAGGCUCAUGUGUUUCAUAGCAGGUUAACAUGUAGGUGUUUGACAGUGCCUUUGAAAGACAGAAAUUUUUUUUGUUCUUUUUUUAUGGUGAAGACGUUGUUCCACCUCAUCUCUGGUAUGUUUAAUUUUGUGUAUACUUGUCAAGAUUGGAGAGCAGAUUGGAUAAUGUUUGCUGAAAAAUGUCUACAAAAAUAAACCGAUUUUGCACAUCUCA